AUGGCCGAAAAACCUUCAGCCGCCGAAGAAACCGCGCAUACAGAUUCGAACCAUGAACCCAGCACCAAUUCUUCUCAAAUGAGAUUGCUGGUCCCCAAACGAGAUGCCAAUGGAGAGGUUGUGGCUUUUCAUGCGAACCUCCGGGCAAACACGUGUUUUCAGCCGCAAGAGAUUAUAGUGUUUGACAUUGUUGUUACAAAUACUAUGACCGCUUACGACCCACUUGACGGCAUAUUCACCGCCCCAGUAACGGGAACAUACGUCUUCAUCUGGAACUUCGGCUCCUUUGGACGUUCUUAUAAUAUUCUAGAGCUUGUGGUUCAUGGCACAGGCAUUGGGUCAUCCAUAUCAGACAGCGAAAACAACAUGUCGGACACUCAUCCUGCGGCUGGCUUUGUCGUAGUUCACGUUGACGCGGGACAACGAGUGUUUGUGAGAAAGACCGCACAGGGUUCCAAUUGUUAUCUUCGGAGCGAUUACAUUAAUAUGAAGACUACGUUCAGUGGAUGGCUUCUUGGAUAA